CACUGUUCAAGUUGACGAAAACCACAUCAGCGCUCUCAGACGCCUAUAUCGCCCAAACAAACCCCUCUAACGCAGGCCAUUAAGCGGCUUUGAUCUCGUCUCCCCCGUCCCAUCUCGUCGCUAGAAAUUGCUCUCCACCUCUGAAUAGAAGAGGCGGGUAAUCUAUGCUAUGCGACACUCGUACGCCGCAAGAGCAUCCCUCGGUCGCUACGCUUCCUAUUCUCUCGAGGACCCACGAGCCUUGCCCGCAACUCUCGACGCUCCACCUCUAUAGUAGCGCCCAGUAGCAGGGUGGCUCGCGGCGUCUACGGACAUGUCCUUUCAGCCUGCUGUGGACGUAUAAAAGGCCAGCGCGAAGGUUCUCUUUCCUCAUCAGCUACAGCCCUUCAACGCCCUCGCACUUCUCUUCCACCCACACCAACAAGAUGAUGUUCAAGCUCUCCACCGUCACCCUCGCCGCAUUCGGCGCUGUCUUCCUUCUCGCGGGUCAGGCUCACGCGCUCGCGGACAACCCAGUCGACGCCUGCAACGGCAGCAACCACUACGGCGAGGGUCACUCAUGCUCAUACAAGUCCGCCGAUGGCCAGGUCGAUGGCUACUGCCACUUCACUGAGACCAACGUUUUGACCUGCGACCCUGCUUAGAUUAGGAAGUAACGGCUAUAGCCUAUAGGAGAAAGGAAGCUCGAAGGCAGCGGGGCGUGUAUUUAUGAUGUUUAUCUAUUGGUGCACGCUAUUUAUUCGCUCUCGAUGGCUCAAAGUCUGGAAUGCUAUGCACGAU